GGCGGGCGGGGGGCUGGGGGAGGGGCGUCAAGAUGGCGGCGGGGAGCUAGGCAGAGCCGGACGCCGCUGCUGCCGCCGCCACCGCCGCCGCCGCCUCCGCUCCAGUCCCUCUGGUCCUUCGAGCUCUUACCGCCCGGGAGAAGCUGUGCUGGCGUCGAGUCCCGCAGGGAAAAUGGUGGAACCAGGGCAAGAUUUACUGCUUGCUGCUUUGAGUGAAAGUGGAAUUAGUCCGAAUGACCUCUUUGAUAUUGAUGGUGGCGAUACAGGGCUUGCAACUCCAACACCUACCCCUCCAGUUCAGCAGUCAGUGCCACUUAGUGCAUUAGAACUAGGUUUGGAGACCGAAGCAACAGUUCCUGUUAAACAAGAGCCAGAGACGGUACCUACUCCAGCACUGUUAAAUGUGAGGCAGCAGCCUCCGUCUACUACAACAUUUGUACUGAAUCAAAUAAACCAGCUUCCGACCUUGGGAUCUACAAUUGUAAUGACUAAAACACCACCUGUAACAACCAACAGGCAAACUAUCACUUUAACUAAGUUUAUCCAGACCACUGCAAACACACGCCCUUCAGUCUCAGCACCAGCAGUACGAAAUGCCAUGACCUCUGCACCUUCAAAAGACCAGGUUCAACUGAAGGAUCUACUCAAAAAUAAUAGUCUUAAUGAACUCAUGAAACUGAAGCCACCUGCCAAUAUUGCUCAGCCAGUUGCCACAGCAGCUACUGAUGUAAGCAAUGGUACAAUAAAAAAAGAGUCUUCUAAUAAAGAAGUAGCGAGAAUAUGGAUAAAUGACAUGAAAAUGAGGAGUUUUUCCCCAACCAUGAAGGUCCCUGUUGUAAAAGAGGAAGAUGAGCCAGAGGAAGAAGAUGAAGAAGAAAUGGGUCAUGCAGAAACCUAUGCAGAGUAUAUGCCAAUAAAACUAAAAAUUGGCUUACGUCACCCAGAUGCUGUAGUGGAAACUAGCUCUUUAUCCAGUGUUACUCCUCCUGAUGUUUGGUACAAAACAUCCAUUUCUGAAGAAACCAUUGAUAAUGGCUGGUUGUCAGCAUUACAGCUUGAGGCAAUUACAUAUGCAGCCCAGCAACAUGAGACUUUCCUCCCUAAUGGAGAUCGUGCUGGCUUCUUAAUAGGUGAUGGUGCUGGUGUAGGAAAAGGAAGGACGAUAGCAGGAAUCAUCUAUGAAAAUUAUUUAUUAAGUAGAAAGAGAGCAUUAUGGUUUAGUGUUUCAAAUGACUUAAAGUAUGAUGCUGAAAGAGAUUUGAGGGAUAUUGGAGCAAAAAACAUUUUGGUCCAUUCAUUAAAUAAGUUUAAAUAUGGAAAAAUUUCUUCUAAACAUAAUGGGAGUGUGAAAAAAGGUGUUAUUUUUGCUACCUACUCUUCCCUUAUUGGUGAGAGCCAGUCCGGCGGUAAAUAUAAAACAAGGUUAAAGCAACUUCUACAUUGGUGCGGUGAUGACUUCGAUGGAGUGAUAGUGUUUGAUGAAUGUCAUAAAGCAAAAAAUUUAUGUCCUGUUGGUUCCUCAAAGCCAACCAAGACAGGUUUAGCAGUUUUAGAGCUUCAGAACAAAUUGCCAAAAGCCAGAGUUGUUUAUGCUAGUGCCACUGGUGCUUCUGAACCACGCAACAUGGCCUACAUGAACCGUCUUGGAAUAUGGGGUGAGGGGACUCCAUUUAGAGAAUUCAGUGAUUUUAUUCAAGCAGUAGAACGGAGAGGUGUUGGUGCCAUGGAAAUAGUUGCUAUGGAUAUGAAGCUUAGAGGAAUGUAUAUUGCACGACAGCUGAGCUUUACUGGAGUGACCUUUAAAAUUGAGGAAGUUCUUCUUUCUCAGAGCUAUGUUAAAAUGUAUAACAAAGCAGUAAAACUGUGGGUUAUUGCCAGAGAGCGAUUUCAGCAAGCUGCAGAUCUGAUUGAUGCUGAGCAACGAAUGAAGAAGUCCAUGUGGGGUCAGUUCUGGUCUGCUCACCAGAGAUUUUUCAAAUACUUAUGCAUAGCAUCCAAAGUUAAAAGGGUUGUGCAGCUAGCUCGAGAAGAAAUCAAGAAUGGAAAAUGUGUUGUAAUUGGUCUGCAAUCUACAGGAGAAGCUAGAACUUUAGAAGCUUUAGAAGAGGGCGGGGGAGAAUUGAAUGAUUUUGUUUCAACUGCCAAAGGAGUGUUGCAGUCACUCAUUGAAAAACACUUCCCUGCUCCAGACAGGAAAAAACUUUAUAGUUUGCUAGGAAUCGAUUUGACAGCUCCCAGUAACAACAGUUCACCAAGAGAUAGUCCUUGUAAAGAAAAUAAAAUAAAGAAGCGGAAAGGUGAAGAAAUAACUCGAGAAGCCAAAAAAUCACGGAAAGUAAGUGGCCUUACUGGUAGCAGUUCUGAUGACAGUGGAAGUGAAUCUGAUGCCUCUGAUAAUGAAGAAAGUGACUACGAGAGCUCUAAAAACAUGAGUUCUGGAGAUGAUGAUGAUUUCAACCCAUUUAGAGACGAAUCUAGUGAGGAUGAUGAAGACGAUCCCUGGUUAAUCAGAAAAGACCACAAGAAAAACAAAGAUAAAAAAAAGAAGAAAAGUAUAGAUCCAGAUUCUAUUCAAAGUGCCUUAUUAGCAUCAGGUCUUGGAUCAAAACGACCUAGUUUUUCGUCUACACCAGUUAUCUCACCUGCUCCUAACAAUGCACCAGCUAACAGUAACACCAAUAGUAACAGUAGCCUUAUAACAAGUCAGGAUGCUGUGGAAAGGGCCCAGCAGAUGAAGAAAGACCUACUUGAUAAGCUAGAAAAAUUAGCUGAAGACCUUCCUCCUAAUACCUUGGAUGAACUUAUUGAUGAACUUGGUGGCCCUGAGAAUGUUGCUGAGAUGACUGGCCGCAAGGGACGUGUUGUCAGUAAUGAUGAUGGAAGCAUAUCUUAUGAGUCAAGAUCUGAACUCGAUGUGCCUGUGGAAAUCCUAAACAUCACAGAAAAACAAAGAUUUAUGGAUGGAGAUAAGGUAUGUUUUUAUAUGAUGCUUUUUGGUAAGAAAAACAAUGCUCAGGCAGGGCAUGAUCGGAGAGCUAAAAAUCAAAGGCGAAGAUUCAUAUGGACUUUGGAAUUACCCUGGACUGAUAGAGCAAUUCAGCAGUUUGGACGAACUCAUCGAUCAAACCAAGUUACUGCUCCUGAGUAUGUCUUUCUGAUAUCUGAAUUGGCAGGAGAGCAAAGAUUUGCGUCUAUUGUUGCUAAAAGACUUGAGAGUUUGGGGGCACUUACACAUGGUGAUAGAAGAGCAACAGAAUCUAGAGAUCUGAGCAGAUUCAACUUUGACAAUAAGUAUGGAAGAAAUGCUUUAGAAAUCGUCAUGAAAUCUAUUGUAAACUUGGAUUCUCCUAUGGUAUCACCACCUCCAGACUAUCCUGGAGAAUUCUUUAAAGAUGUUCGACAAGGACUGAUUGGAGUUGGCCUGAUAAAUGUAGAAGAUCGCUCAGGAAUUCUUACUCUUGAUAAAGAUUAUAACAACAUAGGCAAGUUCUUAAACAGAAUUUUAGGCAUGGAGGUACAUCAGCAGAAUGCAUUAUUUCAGUAUUUUGCGGACACACUUACUGCAGUUGUUCAAAAUGCAAAAAAGAAUGGAAGAUAUGAUAUGGGAAUCUUAGAUCUUGGUUCCGGAGAUGAAAAGGUGAGGAAAAGUGAUGUUAAGAAAUUUCUGACUCCAGGAUAUUCAACCUCUGGCCAUGUAGAAUUAUACACGAUUAGCGUAGAGAGGGGAAUGUCAUGGGAGGAAGCUACCAAGAUUUGGGCUGAGCUGACAGGACCAGACGAUGGCUUUUACUUGUCAUUGCAAAUAAGGAACAACAAGAAAACCGCCAUCUUAGUUAAAGAAGUGAACCCUAAAAAGAAACUCUUUUUAGUUUAUCGACCAAAUACUGGGAAACAGCUCAAAUUAGAGAUUUACGCUGAUCUAAGAAAGAAAUACAAGAAGGUUGUCUCAGAUGAUGCCUUGGUACACUGGUUAGAUCAGUAUAAUUCAUCUGCGGAUACUUGUACUCAUGCUUAUUGGCGUGGCAAUUGCAAAAAAGCAAGCUUGGGAUUAGUUUGUGAAAUCGGUCUUCGUUGCCGCACAUAUUAUGUAUUGUGUGGUUCAGUGCUGAGUGUCUGGACAAAAGUUGAGGGUGUUCUAGCAUCUGUCAGUGGCACAAAUGUGAAAAUGCAGAUAGUUCGGCUAAGAACAGAAGAUGGACAGCGGAUUGUAGGUUUGAUCAUUCCGGCAAAUUGUGUGUCUCCUCUUGUAAAUCUCCUAUCAACUUCGGACCAGUCUCAACAGCUUGCGGUCCAGCAGAAACAGCUAUGGCAACAGCAUCAUCCACAGAGCAUCACCAACUUGAGCAAUGCGUAGAGAAUAGGCAGGUUUCAGCAUGGGUGUAUCCGAAAUGCUAUUGAAGCAUAUCAUUUGCAUAAAAAUCAGGGACAGUUUCCAAAGAAUUAUAUAUUUUUUUCAGUUAUGCUCUCUCUAGUUAAUUUUUUUGGGAGUAAGGACAAACCUGGAAUAGAUAGUGAAACUGAAAAUCAGCAGUGCCGACGGUAGUGCAUAUGUCCUUCCUUUUGCUUUUCCCUUGGUACUUCCCAUAUGCUUUUACUUUGGGUGAGCAGAGGGGGAUGUGUAUGUGCGUGUGUGUGUCUGUCUGAGAGUUUGUUAAAGGCUACAAACCACAGUUGGUUUAAAAUGCUUGGAACUUCCCAAACUGGCUUUACUUUUAUGUUAUACAGUGCUCAGGGUUAACACAGUACAUCCAUGUCAUUGCUGUGGGAGUUCUCCCUGGAUGCAUGUGUUUUGAGUCUAUAAAUAUAGAAAAUAUAUAUUGGUUUCUUUUUCCAACUCAAACAAUAGGUUUAUUGGAGCAUGAAAUGAAAGGUUGCAUACCAUGCAUUCAGGUUCUUUUCUAGUUUUUGUUCUGACAGUGCAUGUCUUUGAAAGCAUGCGUAAACUGAUUAACACAGAAGUCAAGUAAUGGAGGGAAACAUUUGUAGAUGUACAGCAUUGGUUAUUGCAUUUUUAUAGUGUUUAUACCUGGGUAUUGCUUCCAGCCCUGCGAACUCCUCCCCGAUUCUCUUCCCUGCCCCAGGUUGCUCAUCAAGGUAAUGAGUACAUACAUUUUUUGUGAUUAAAAUAUCUUAAAAGUUAAUUUUAAUGUAUUAAUAAUAUUCCUAAUGUGUGCUGCAAAAAUGGCUGUAAGCCUCUUAAAGUUACAUUUUCAACUUAAAGAUAGUUUUAGAAAGAAAUACAAAUUGGCUUUCAUCUCAAACAAUCUUUUUUUACUUCAUUUUCUUAAUUUACUUUGUCAUUCAUAAAAAGGAAACCGUACUUGAGCUGUAAACUAGACAAUGAGGAAACACUUGAGGCUUCUGCUGUGUGUUUUUUGUUAAUGUUGUUAUUGUUGUUACCUAGUAACUUGAAUAUUGUUUAAUGUGUUGUAAGACAUUGUAGAGUUUAUCUCAAGCUGUUCAAAAUGGUAAUGUACAAAUGUGAAUAGACACUUAUCUAUACUAUGGGUAAGUUUUGUUUCGCCUAUAAUAGAUGUUUAUAAAAACAAGUGAGGGGACAGUUGGUCUUUUGUUUCCUUUUUUCCUUUCUUUCUUUUCUUUUCUUUUCUUUUUUUUUUGCUUGCACAGGUUGCACUAUUGAAAAAUUGAGAUUGUAUAAACCUGGUCAAAAGCUGCAAGAUACCAAUAUCUUGUAGAUGUCAAAUAAAAAGUUAUUAUAUUAACAA